CUCCAGGCAUUUUUAGAUACAAUCAACGCUUAUAAAAGUGUUUUCCGUGUUCUCAUAAUCUAUAGUCAUGCCUUGUUGGUGAACAUGAUGAAAUAGAGCGUGGUGAACGUGAUGAGAAAAACUGAAAACAAAAAUCCGUAGUCGACAACAUGAAACGGCAUGCUUUGAAGUUUGUGAAAGAGUUGAUUAGUUUUGAAGAAUUUCGAAAGCAAUAUGAGGGUGCUGUCUUGCCGUUCCGCCUGUUGUUUCCUGCCUUCUCUGUUUUGCGACAGCUCCUUCAUCUUGGGCAGUGGGAUGAUCUCAAGGUGACGACAUUGCCGAAACGACCUUCACCAAAUGCUACUCCUGGAACAUCAACAAGUAUAAGCAGUGGACGACAGACACCAGCAGUAGAGAGCGAGGACAGAACCGGUUCUACUUAUGCCGUUGUAAGCGGAACACACAAGCUCUCCCGACACGUGGAACGUUUUUUGGCUGUGGACGGCUGUUGCGACAAGGAGCGUGUCGAUCUCGCACUCGGAUUCAGUGGUCCUUCAGGAGCGACAAUCGAGCAGGUAGACAAGCUGGCUAUCGUAGACGCCGACGGCCUCGUUGUGAUCGUCGCAGUUGGACCCUCGCAAGCUGCUAGAGAUCUUUUCCACAUUGCGAGUACGGAAGGAGCGUCGCCUAGUACCACUCCGACUUUUUAGAACUAGAAGAAGUGGACACGCACAGCAUCAUAAUUUUAGUUCAUCACCACACGAAUUUGAGCAGCUGGGCGCCUUUGCCGUUGAUACAUCGAGCUGGAGAAGCACUGCCUUCAAUAUACAAGUGGAAAUCAUUCAAGAUGGGGAUGCCGGUAGCGCCGAGCUGGCUUACGGCUCUUGUGCGCACGCACAGGAUAGAGGUCCUCACCGCUAUUGUGAUAGGACUCUUGCUGAUAUGGUUCUUCUUUGCGUCAGAUUCGGACAAGGGAGACGAGGCGGGGUCGCGCGGCAAGCGGUCGAAAAAGGAACGCCUCGUUUUCUCCUUUUCUUUUGACACACUUUGCGAGGGUUCCGCUGAAGAUUCCUCGAGUGUUUUCAAGGCAUUUUUGCAGGAGUUUGUAAAGUUCUACGAGCAUGGAAUGAGACAGCGAAAAGACGUGGAAUUCGACGUAUACGCAAUUCACAGGCUAGAGGAAGUAGUCGCUUCUCCCCCUGCUGCAAACGGAACUGCGCCUCCAGGUGCAGCAGCUUCUUCAUCGUCGGCAACGGGAAGAAGUACACCUUCAUCUUCCCAUCAGCAGGAAGGACUAGUGACGCAAAGCAGUGCCGCACUAGCAAAGCUGCAUCCUUCGUUACGGUUAGCAAUAUGAUUAUUCAUCAUAACUGAUAUCUUCAUCUUCUUGGCGUUAGGAGUAGAUCUCUGAAUCAAAAUACUGAUCAGGGACACUCCUGCCUAGGACCAAGAUCUUGAUCUGCCUAAUACAAAAAUGAGAACAGCAAAAUCUUUCUUGGAAUUGUUCCUGCUCAUGCAGAAAGUGUGUUGUUGCUGGCUGUGCCAAAAUGAUAUGAAAAUUCAUUUUGAUGAAAAGAUGGUAUUGUUAUUGAUAAACCACGAUGAUAAUGAUAUCAUUCACUGAGCAUCAGCAUGCAAGAAGCCGAGGAGGAAGAAGUUUUAGGAGCAGUGUGCUCUUCUAACUUGUAUUCCCAGCCACAAGCGAGAACUUUUUUGCAGCACUACUGCCGGUCGAGUGUCGAUGGUGAGGCAGUUGCGGUCGCAUGUGCAUUUCGACUGCAAUAAAUCUGUGGUCGACGCUUUGCAGGGCAAAAUCGCUCAAGCUGUUCUCCUUGAAGCUCCACGUAUUGAUUUAAGACUCCCCAACAAAAUUCGAUAUGCAUCCGGCUCUAUUGACUGUUUGAGAGAAACGAAAGGAAGUCGUUGAACUUCUACUCAAGGAAGGAAUUAAUAACUAAAUCUGAUGAAAUGGAAAGCACCUACAAUCUAAACAGGAGCUUCAUCAUCCUUCAUGGUUUUUUGUUUGAGAGAAUAUAUAGAUCUUGGUCUUCUUCGGUUUCAAUCAAUAUGCAUCCAGAUCCAGUGCAUCUGCAUCUCUGAAAUAGAGUGACUAAGUACUACCUAUUCUUUGAAUUUAGGAUAGCGACUCUAAUUCACGCGUCCAGUACAACUGUUGAUGGGGAUCAUGAUUAUCUCAUGAAGAGAGUAGCAGACGCCGUAGAUAGGGCGGUGUUACGCCUUCUGGAUCCCCAAGCGGCGGCAGAAAUGGAGAGCCGAGAAGCUACUGAAAGCGCAAAUUCCAGCAGUGGAGGAGGCGUUUCGUAGCUGAUCUCCACCACCAAGCUUUCAGAUAGAUUGAUCGACUAUCAGGAUGUUUGACGUUGGGAAAUGUUGUUCCCUCGCUGUUCAACACCUGGUGUAAUGACGCGCUUUUCAGAUUGGUGCAGGGUGGCGUUUCCUAAGAUCUUUUCUGGGGAUUUCUGUAAUUGUUUUCUGACCCCGUGAUUGGACAACCGGUGUCGUGCCAGCCUUCUAGUAAAACGAUAUAUAUCCUUGUCCCUCCUACUCCCAGCCCCAGACCUUCCCCAUCAGGACGAGCCUCUUAGAAGUUAUUACCAGAAGAUUAUCAUGUCAAAGGCAAUCGUCAUAUAUGUGUAUCGUAAUCGUGGAGCCAGCCCUGCAGCUAAAACCUACUUCAGAAUGCUCGUCAUGUUGAAACUCAAGGAGCAAACGACUAUCUUCGUGUGUGCUACUUUUUCUACGUGAUGAAUCUCCACUUCUUGGUCUUGCCUGUUCGUAUCUACCCUCG